AUGAGCGAGAUCCAUUCCUUGCCAGUACUGGUAACUAACUUUUCCGGCAGUAACUCGCCUAAGAGUCUGAGUGGUCUUGAAGGCAUAGGAGGUAGCGUUGAUUCACGCUCCCUGGCCAAUUCACCCCACGAUUCACGCACAUUAGCAGAUACAAACCCGAACACGAAUAGAGAAAUAAAUUCAAAUUCGUACAGUAAUCUGAAGAGCAAUGUAAAGUCGCCUUCGCUUCCAGUGGAAGGCGAUGAGGAGAUUGUGAACUUCGGCAUUGAGACACUCAACCAGUUAUUCAAUAGUAGUAGCUCUCGGAGCAUUGAAAGUCACCACACAUCGCAUGAAUCACGCAUGCUGAUGUUAGAUAGUAUGCAAAAAAUGUGUGAAGAGAACGAUAUAGGUGAUACGGUGGCAAGUACUACUCAGACUCAAUCACCUAAAGUGGAUCAUAAGAAUUUCUUAGGUGUCACCCCUCGUGCACCCAAAGUCAAGCCGUCAAGUACUUUUCCUAUGACCAAAACGGACGAGAACACCGCGACUAUCACACCUAAUGGAAACAACGAUCUCGUAUACGAUGAGAAAGAUGACAUAGACAAUUGUAGUCAGAGGCUGAGUGCGCUCAUGGUAGGUAAUGCUUUGUACGACUUUGAGCUGCCUGAGGGUCCAGAGAGCGGUACCACCGCCGAAGGGACACUUAUAAUCAGUGUUAAUAGUACAGGCUGGUCGCCAUCUAACCCCAGCAAGAAUGUAUUGACUACCCAAGGAUCCACAAUGUCAUUCACCAAGAGCUUCCACUCAGCCCACCCCACCAACGAUACUAAGCACGGCACCACAGGUUACGCAAGUGACAGCAGAGACACACAGCCUAGUAAGUCAGAUAGGGAACUUGAUUUACAGAAUCUACCCAGUAUGCCAGGCUUCAACUUUCAGCAUAGAUCCUCAAGUUUUAGUGGUAUAUUGGAUUCGUCAGUAGAAAGUCUUAAUAUGGGCCUGAACAUGAAUCUGAGGGGUUCGGGUGCCGACUUGCCGGAGAGUUUGGGCAGUUUGGCUAGCAUUCGUGAACUCGAGAGUAUGUCUGAGACUAACCUAUACCAAACCUCGACGCCUACAUGGGGAACAAAGGAGCGCAACCCGAGUGAUAACAAUGGGGCAGACAGUGUGAAAAGUACGACACAGAGUGACAACUACACAGCAAUGAUUGCGGAUGAGAAGGCAAAGCAACAGCGGAGAGUGCUACUAGCACAUAGACAGAGAGAAGAACUGCGUGCGAUAAAAGCCGCCGAGAAUAACAAUGAUAGCACUAGCAAUAGCAAGAAGAAGAAGAAGCACAAGAACAAGAAUAAGAUAAAACAAGAGGCGAUUCCAGGUAAUGGAUUGGAUAUGUACCAGGAUGGCCCGGGUGCAGAAAGUACUACCCACUCGUCCAACAACGGAGAUAUCUCGGCUAUCACUUCAAUGGGAUCACUACCUGAACAAUUGCUGGCACUACAAACGAAAAUUUUGGAGCAAAGUUCGAGUAGAAAAGCGGGUAGAAUGCUCAAUGCGAACUACUCUACCCCACCCGCAGACAAGCCGAUGUACACUCGGUCUCAAAGCGAACCUCAGCAACAGCAUCACGGCCUAUACUCGCAGUCCCAGCCCGCACUGUCCUCGUUGACCGAGGAAAGGGCCAAUUCGCACCCGCAAUUGGGGGCUAAUACAAACAUGGGACAACGCAAGCGCGGGAACACAGAUGACCUCCGGGGCAGCGUGACUAAGGUACACAGAGGUUUCAGUCAGAGUGAGACGGGUGAUGUCGGUGAGGCUUUCAGUAGUAGUAGCGGUGGUACUGUGAACAAUACCACAGCCAUGGGGAGUUUGGGCGAUGACUCUGCGCAUGGGCUGCUGAUGGGAGCUCAUUCAGAAUAUACACAACAGCCUACAAGCCGCACACAACUACAGCAGGCAUUGUACAAUCGUCAGCGUCAGCUACAGCAGCUGCAAAGGAACUCACAGAUGGACGACAACGACCCUUCCAACAUGUUCCUCUCCAGUAAAACAGUGGAGGCCGCACACACUGCUGUGGUUAAUGGAUCAAGCUCUGUGCUUGCACGCUCAAGUACUUCCGGUGCCUAUGUGCCUACGUUUCAAUACGGGUAUUCGGAUGGUAACAUACAUUCGCCUAACUAUAGCCCGGCGUUGAGUGCUCGUAGUCCUGCGUUGAGUGCGCAUAGUCCGGCCCUAAGUGCGAGACAGGGCGAAGAGGAGACCAACCCAGAUAUUGGACACACGUGGCAGCAGAUGAACCAGAUUCAGGAAGAGCAAUUGAAGCAGCUCACACGAGCACACCAGAAACAACGCAAGCUGGUGGCACAACAACUGCUCAAGCAACACUAUGAGACACAGCAGAGUAGUAUGCUACAGCAGGCAAGCCAGAUACAGAUGCAAAACCAGCACGCAAAAGAACUGCGGCAGCUACAGGAGCUUCAACGACAACAGCACGACCUACAGCUACAUGUGCAAGACCAAGAGCAUCAGUCGUACAGUCGCAGUGGAAGCAUUGUAAGUCAAAGGCAGAGUACUGACCAGGACCACGGCCAUAUACAGUACAAUGAGACACUGCCGAUGUCCAGUUGUGAGUCUAUAGGUAACAAUGAGAAGAAGUUCGAUGCAGCAGAGUACUUGGCUUCCCAGCAGCACAGGCUCAGAGAGAGUCAGACAGGUGGCGCACAGGACAGUGCUGGUAGUAAUAGCACAAGCAUGCACACUCGACAGCCUUCUAUCAGCGAAGCCCACUCGCCCCCCGCACAAGUCAUCUCUUCGCCUAAGACACGCAGAAGGGAGGAGACUGCAACGGAUGUGGCAGAAAAGGGAAAGAAGGUUGCUAUGGACGACGAACCUGCCAAUCGUACAGUUAUAACGUCCUCGUAUCCGAACGCGGAAAGCACUGUGGUGAAGUUCUCGGAUGUGUACGAGUGGCUGCAUAUUCACUUUGAGGAGUGCGAGCGUUCAUUUACCGUGCCCCGUACGGACCUAUACCACAUGUACUGCGACCACUGUAGUCAGAAGGAUGUACAGCCGGCAUACCAACCCACCGUGGGGAAGGUGAUACGUAUCGCGUUCCCCGAUGUGACUAUCAGACGCCUGGGCAAUCGCAAGAACUCCAAGUACCACUACUGUGGGAUCAAGCUGAAGCCAGAGUUUCAACCGUACUACGAGACACUUGUACUGGAUAUACGCAACAGUCAACGGGCCAUGAAGGCAGCCCAAGCACGUGAACAGCAACAGAUGGGAUACGAGCAGCAGCAGCAGCAGCGUAUGCAGAGGGUUUUAAUUGCAGAGCCGUAUUCGGCACAGGGACAUACAUCCACCGUGCAGGGAGAGGGUGGUCUAAGAGAGUUCAAUUCGUAUGCGUACGCUAAUGCGAAAGCGGAUGCGGAUGUCAUUGACCAGGAAGGGCUCCAGUACAGUACAGCGGGAGAUGAAUGA